CUUUCUAGAAGAUGACGAUAGAGGACCGUCCAGAUCUUUCACUAGGAGGAAAUUCCCUGAUCGGAAGAUACCCGUUUCUGUUUCCAGCCCCUGACACACCGGUUACCUUUUCCAUUUCUGCCGCACCAAUGCCUUCCGACUGUGAGUUUUCUUUCUUCGAUCCUAAUGAGACAUCAUGCCAGGAGAUUCUCUUUGACCCCAAGACGUCGGUAUCAGAGUUAUUUGCCAUUUUAAGACAGUGGGUCCCUCAGGUCCAGCAGAACAUCGACAUUAUUGGCAAUGAGAUUCUUAAGAGAGGCUGCAAUGUGAACGACAGAGAUGGGUUGACGGAUAUGACCCUUUUGCACUAUACCUGCAAAUCGGGAGCUCAUGGUGUUGGUGAUGUGGAGACCGCUGUCACAUUCGCCACUCGGCUGAUGGCCCUGGGAGCGGACGCUGGCUUGCGGAGCCGCUGGACCAACAUGAACGCCCUGCAUUACGCGGCCUAUUUUGACGUCCCGGAGCUCGUGCGGGUGAUUCUGAAGACCUCUAAACCGAAAGACGUGGAUGCCACUUGCAGUGACUUUGACUUUGGGACUGCUCUGCACAUUGCUGCGUAUAACUUGUGUGCUGGCGCCGUGAGGUGUUUGCUGGAGCAUGGGGCCAACCCUGCAUUUAGGAACGACAAGGGGCAGAUGCCCGCCGAUGUUGUGCCAGACCCGGUCGAUAUGCCCCUGGAGAUGGCAGAUGCGGCAGCCACCGCCAAGGAGAUCAAGCAGAUGCUCUUAGAUGCGGUGCCUCUGUCGGGUGAUCUCUCGAAGAUGAUGCUUCCAAACCUUGCUCAGAUUACUGGCAAGGCAAUGCUGACCUCACUGGGUCUCAAGUUGGGGGAUCGCGUUGUCAUCGCAGGACAGAAGGUUGGAACAUUAAGAUUUUGUGGAACAACUGAAUUUGCAAGUGGGCAGUGGGCUGGCAUCGAACUGGAUGAACCAGAAGGGAAAAAUAAUGGAAGUGUCGGCCAAGUCCAGUACUUUAAAUGCGCCCCCAAAUAUGGUAUUUUCGCACCGCUUUCAAAGAUAACGAAAGCAAAAGACCGAAGAAAGAACACCGUGCACAGUUCUUCCACCAAAGCCGCCCCCCUCCUCAGGUCCCAGAAGGUGGACGUGACCCAUGUCGCAUGCACAGUGAACACUGGAUUAAUGACAUCGAAAAAAGACGGUGCUUCUGAGUCUACACUUCCAUUACCUCCUGGUGAAGAAUCAAAAGCGGUCACAGAGAAAGGUGCCGCCCUGCUGGGGUCCGUCAGCAGCUCCUCCUCCAUGUCUUCCUUGGAGCACAAGCAGAGCGCCCUCCAGAGGCUGAACGCCAGCAGCGGUAGCAAGAAGCCCCUGAGCAAAAGCUCGCCCGUGUCGUCUCGAGCCAGUGCUGGUUUGAAUUCCUCAACAACCUCUGUCGCAAAUAAUGCCCGCUCUGAAGGAGCGCUCCACCUGGGGGAGAGGGUGCUGGUCGUAGGCCAGAGAUUUGGCACCAUUAGGUUCUACGGGACAACAAACUUUGCUCCAGGAUAUUGGUACGGUAUUGAGCUUGAAAAACCCCACGGCAAGAAUGAUGGUUCAGUUGGAGGUGUGCAGUAUUUUAGUUGUUCGCCAAGAUACGGAAUAUUUGCUCCCCCAUCCAGAGUGCAAAGACUAACAGAUUCCCUGGAUACUCUGUCGGAGAUUUCAUCGAAUAAGCAGAAUCAUUCUUAUCCUGGUUUUCGGAGAAGUUUCAGUACAACAGCUGCUUCUUCCCAAAAAGAGAUUAACAGAAGAAAUGCUUUUGCCAAAUCCAGGCCUGCCCUGCGCCGUAGUUGGAGCAGCACGGCGACCGCGGUGGAAGGGGCCGUGAAGCUGCCGGAGGGGGCUCAGGUCCUCCUCGCCAGCUCUAAUGAGAUGGGCACCGUUAGGUACGUGGGCCCCACAGACUUUGCGUCAGGCAUCUGGCUCGGACUUGAGCUUCGAAGUGCCAAGGGGAGAAACGAUGGCGCCGUGGGUGACAAGCGCUACUUUACCUGUCGGCCGAACCACGGAGUCCUGGUUAGACCCAGCAGAGUCACCUACCGGGGAAUUAAUGGGUCAAAGCUCGUCGAUGAGAAUUGUUGAGAUUAUUAUAAAUGAGCGUCCCAGUCUAGGGUCAUAGUGUAGGUGUGGACGCCUGUAUAGGCACACACGUACACACUGGGGCCAGAGCUAGUAUAUGACAUCUAAGUAUCUAUCUAUGUAUACAGCUGUAAGUAAACUAUAGGGUGUGAAACAGA